AUGGAGGGUCUGGCUGUAUAUCACGGGGCGAUUGGGAUGGAGGAGGGAGAGCGGAGGCUGGGGCAGGACGGACGUGACGGUUGCUACUUGGUCCGAACCAGUGACACCGUGCCUGGGUCAUUCUGCCUCUGUGUGCUGUUCGGAGGAUUCGUCUACACCUACAGGCUGCACAGGGACAGCCACGGCUCAUGGACAGCAGAAACCACUCCCGGUGUGCAGAAGAGAUAUUUCCGCCACAUUAAAAGCCUGAUCAGUGCCUUCCAGAAGCCGAUGCAGGGACUGGCCAUACCCCUGCUGUUCCCGGUGACUACGGACACACCUGCUGAUGCUGGGGCCACUUUUAAAUUCACACGACCACACCUCAAACCUUCCUCUUCAACACCAGCUGGGCUCUGA